AUGUCAUCGUGCGAUGAACUUCUCGCUUUGCAAACUCAGCUCAUGGGGCAAAUAUCGAGAGCGCUGGCCAACUAUAAGAAACUCGGGCAAGCGAAGAUGACGCAAGCCGUAACUCGACAGCGACUCGCCGGUCUCAAAGACACAUUCGCUAAAUGUCAGGAGCUCGAUGGAAAACUCGUUCUCUAUGCCGACGAUAAAUUGAAAGCCUCUCACUCGUACUUUCAAAACCAUCUGUUCGAGAACUGCGAGGAUGUCUACAACGAGGCUGCGGACUUCAUGGCAGAGGUGCUAGCCACCUUCGAACCCCAGCCACCCCACCAUUCAACGAUCAACGGAAGCGGUCUGGCUGACUCAUUCCGUCCGUCCUCUCACUUGCCACGGAUCAACUUACCGACGUUCGACGGCAGCUUUGACAAAUGGGAAAGUUUUCGAGAUCGCUUCACCUCCCUGGUUCGUAACGAUGCCACCAUUUCUAAUGUCGACCGCAUGCACUAUCUUUGCUCGUGUGUAAAAGGGGACGCAAGUAACGUGUUGACUCAUCUCGCGAUUACCGAAGCAAAUUUUGUGGUCGCGUGGGACAUCCUGCAAUCGCGGUACGACAAUAAGCGUCGUCUAAUUACCGGGCAUUUACAAACGCUGCUCCAGCUGCCGACGCUGGUCUCCGAAAUUUCCAAAGACCUUCGGAACCUCCGCGAUCAAACGAACGCCGCGAUACAAGCUUUACAAAAUUUAGGGCGUCCGGUGGAACAUUGGGAUGACGUAUUAGUAUUUCUCGUUGCGCAAAAACUUGAUAAAUUCUCGAGAAAGGCGUGGGAACUCAAGCUCGGGGAUACGGCAGAGUAUCCUAAAUACACAGAACUCGAUCAAUUUCUCGAAUCGCGAGUUCGCGCGCUAGAGGCUAUCGUGCCCGUGACUCCCAAGGUCGCGGAGUCUUCUAAACCGAAAAAUAAAGUUCUCGCAUCACACGCGGCGUCGACCGCGACAUUAUCUUGUCCUCUGUGCAAAACAAGUCACCUGUUGUACCAAUGUUCCACCUUUCUAAAUCAAACACCGGCUCAACGUGCCGAUUUCAUCCGAAAAGUAAAGCGUUGCUUUAAUUGCCUCAGCGCAAAGCAUCCGGUCAAAGAUUGUACAAGCUCCCGCAGCUGCAAGCAAUGCAGUAAGCGACACCACACUUUGUUGCAUCUUGAUGCGUCCGUCAAAAACAAUGAAACCGAACCAGCAGAAUCCGCAGUCACGGUAGCGGCAAUCGAAAAAAUCGAAAGUGAAGUCGCGUCACAUACAGUCUCGCAAACCGUGUCGCCGAAUUCGCAAAUUCUACUCGCCACCGCGCGCGUUCGCGUGCAUUCAUCGGACGGCCGUGCGAUCACGAUUCGAGCCCUUCUCGACCAAGGGUCUGCUGCUACCUUGAUUACGGAGUCGAUCGCCCAAUGCCUGAGAUUACCGAAGAUCUCACGCUCCGUAUGCGUCACGGGCAUUGGCGAUACCAAAUCCAUCAUACGCCACGCUGUUACAAUUACAUUAACUCCCACGUCGUGCGAUGGGCCCGCCUAUUCGACAACCGCGCUCAUCAUGAAAUCGCUCACUCGGUAUAAGCCGAGCCGUGUCAACUCUAUGCGUUCAUGGAAGCAUAUCACAGGACUCAAGCUCGCCGAUAGCGAACCCAUGAAUCUCGACCCGGUCGAUUUAAUUAUCGGUGCCGAUUUAUUCGGUUUCUUAUUCUUGGAGGGAGUUUGGAAAGGUGCCGAAAAUGAGCCGAUUGCUCAGAAUACCACCCUCGGCUGGAUACUCUCCGGUCCCGUUGCUUCCCCUCCUUCCUCUCCCCGUGAAUCCGUGCAAAUCCAUCACGGAACCGUUUUCGAUGACCUCGACUCCGACCUUCGUCGCUUUUGGGAGGUCGAAGACAUUCCCCGGAAAGCUCACAUGAGUCCCGAGGAACUCCAAUGCGAGGAACAUUUCGCAACCACGCACACUCGCACGCCUGAAGGACGGUACGUUGUCAGGCUACCAUUCAAACGCGGCCUCCCUCAGUUAGGCGAAUCCCGCUUCGCCGCCCUUUCGAGUCUCAGGCGCGUAGAACACCGUCUUGAACGUGAGCCGACCACCGCUUCCGAAUAUCGCGAAUUCCUGGACGAGUACGAAAGGCUCGGCCACAUGGCCAAGAUCCCCCCGGAAGAUCUCGACGUUCACGUCACUAAACGAUACUACAUUCCGCAUCACGCCGUAGUACGAGCCACCAGCGAAACAACGCGUCUCCGCGUUGUAUUCAACGCCUCCGCGCGAACCACAAAUGGCACCUCCUUAAACGAUCACCUCCUGAUCGGGCCAAAACUCCAACGUGAUCUCGUCGUCGUGAUCCUCCGAUGGAGGCAGUACCGAUAUGUUUUUACCGCCGACAUAGCGAAAAUGUAUCGGCAAAUCCGUGUUGACCCUCGCGACACAGAUUAUCAGCGCAUUUUAUGGCGUCGCUCUCCUUCGGAUCCCGUCGAAGAAUAUCGGAUGCUAACCGUCACGUAUGGCUGUGCCUAUGCUCCCUUUGCAGCCAUUCGUUCCGUAGAGCAGCUCGCCGCCGACGAGGGAUCGCAAUUCCCUCUCGCGGUUCCCGUCCUACUCGAAGAAACAUACGUCGAUGACUGUGUUUUCGGCGCCGAUGACAAAGUUCUCGCGCGUCAAACCCGGGAUCAAGUAAAUGCACUAUUGGCCAAAGGUUGUUUUCGUCUCCGAAAAUGGGCAAGUAAUUGUCCGGAGCUCAUCGCCGACCUCGAUCCCUCCGAUCAUGGCCUCGCGAGUCCCAAAGUUCUCCAGAACGAUGAGCAUCUCAAAAUUCUCGGGAUUGCCUGGAAUCCGCCUCAGGACGUGUUCCAAUUUCAAGUCGCUACCCAAAAUCCCGGCACAACAAAACGCGCCAUUCUCUCAACUAUUGCCAAACUGUUCGAUCCGCUCGGCUGGGUGGCCCCGGUCGUCGUCACCGCAAAAAUUUUCAUGCAGCAGCUCUGGCUUUUAAAAAUAAAUUGGGACGAGGAGAUUCCGGACACUCACCUCCGUCCAUGGAUAUCAUAUCAUUCAAAGCUUCCGUGCGUGAAUCAAGUCCAAAUACCCCGCUGGACAAAGCAAGGCGCCGACACCUUGCAUCUCGCCCUACACGGGUUCUCCGAUGCAUCCACAAAAGCCUACGCUGCCGCCGUUUAUCUUCGAACGGUGCACGUCGAUGGCUCGGUCACCGUCUCGCUUCUCAUAGCAAAAUCAAAAGUAGCUCCCCUAAAAAUUAUCACUGUGCCUCGCUUAGAAUUACUUGCCGCGCAUCUCCUCGCGGGUCUCAUGCAUUUCGUCCGCACCACCCUUCAAAUUCCGCUGGGCGACUGCCACUGUUGGAUAGACGCGGACAUCGUACGGGCAUGGCUUAGCAAAUCUCUUUCUCAUUGGAAAACUUUUGUCGCCAACCGGGUCGCGGCAAUUCAGACGGCACUCCCCGAGGUGGUUUGGCGUCAUGUGAACACUCACGACAAUCCUGCGGACUGCGCGUCGCGCGGUCUCGCUCCCGACGAGAUUCAGCUACAUCCGUUAUGGUGGACCAGCCCGUCGUGGCUGAAAGAAUCACCCGAGUUCUGGCCCGUUCGCGAUCUCCCAGCCGCUCAUGAUGCUACGGACGGCAUUCCAGAAGCACGACCUCAACCAGUCGUGUGCGUUCUAAGCCCCUCGGAACCGUGGGAUCUCGCUUCUCGGUUCUCAUCUUGGCCGAAACUUUUACGAGUUACCGCGUAUAUGCUUCGCUUCGUCAGGCGGGCACGCAUCCGCAACCAGUCUCGCGAGGCCGAGGCAGCACGCGACCUUCGCCCCCCACUCCUUCGCACCGACGACAUUCAGGACGCAAAGCGUUAUUGGCUGCGAUCAAUGCAGAACGAUACGUUUCGCGACGAAAUUGCGAGCCUCAGAAACAAAACUGCGCUGCCGAAAGCCAGCCCGCUUAGAUCCUUGCAUCCGCACAUUGACUCUGACGGCCUGCUCCGCGUCGGCGGCCGGCUCCAAAAGUCUAACCUCCCAGAAACGAUGAAGCAUCCCAUCGUCCUUCGAUCACAUCCGCUUUUAACCCUCAUCAUCGAGCACCACCACCUCCGCACAAUGCACGGGGGUUCCCAACUCACUCUCGCGUCCUUACGCACGGAAUUUUGGAUACUGCGUGCUCGCGCUACGGUUCGAUUCGUUCUACACAAGUGUGUCCGAUGCGCCCGCGAAGCGGCCAAAGUGUCAAACGAACUCAUGGGUGAGCUACCGGAGAUGCGAGUAAAUCGGGUCGCCCGCGCUUUUCUGCAUACGGGUGUCGAUUACGCAGGGCCCAUCGCCAUACGGACAGCCCCCGGUCGCGGUCAGAAAUCUCAUAAGGCGUACAUCGCAUUGUUUAUAUGUUUGACAACCAAGGCCAUACAUCUCGAACUUGUCAGCGACUACACCGCAGCGACGUUCACCGCAGCGUACCAUCGAUUUGUAUCGCGUCGAGGCUUGCCUCAGCACAUGUAUUCCGACAACGGAACGACGUUUCACGGCGCCGAUCGGCAGUUAUCCGACGCCUACUAUAAAGCCGUCCGCGAACCGAACUUCCUCAAUCGCUCCGCUAGCGAAAAAACGACCUGGCAUUUCCUGCCUCCGGCCGCGCCACAUUUCGGCGGUCUCUGGGAGGCUGGUGUCAAAAGUGUCAAACACCACCUAAAGCGAUGCAUCGGGUCUCAUACACUUACCUAUGAAGAAAUGACAACGAUCCUCUGCCGCAUCGAGGCAUGCCUAAAUUCGCGACCUCUCGCCGCUAUCUCCGAACAUCUCGACGACUAUCAAGCGUUGACCCCCGGUCAUUUUUUAGUAGGCGCUUCCCUUGUGGCUUUGCCCGAGCCUAGCGAGCUCGACAUUAACGAAAACCGACUGUCUCAAUGGCAGUUGGCUCAGCGAAUUACCGAAGGUUUUUGGAAGUCUUGGUCGCACGAUUACUUGCACACCCUUCAGCAAAGGCCGAAAUGGCGCGCCGUUCAGCGAUUAGCCCGACUGGGUCAAAUCGUCCUCAUUCGCAACCCGCUCGCGCCGCCGAGCCAAUGGGAACUCGGGCGCAUAACCGUGUGUCAUCCAGGCGAAGACGGUUUGACCCGAGUCGUCACCGUGAGGACGAGUCGGUCGGAGUACAAGCGCCCCAUAACUAAACUGUGCUUUCUCCCGGUGGACAUCAACAACGAACAGCCCAUAGAUUCCGCCAUGGCGGGCGGCACCACUCAUUAA